GACACAUCGGUGUGGCCAGGGAGGCACUCAGUGGAGGGGGAUACUCGUGUAAGCAGCCGCUGAGGGCAUAAGUAUCCAGCCUUCAUUACAGAGUGAACGGAGACUUUAUUCGGCAGUGAAAACAGCAAAUGACCAUGAUGGCAGUCCUGGGAAGCGCCGGUCGCUUGAUGCACUUUGCCAGGAGCAGCGUCAGUCUGAGUGUGAGGAGACGCUCCACGGCUGCUGCUUUAGCCCAGACAGCAAGUCUAGAAACACAGGAGAACAGGAAACCUAAGACCGGCAUCCUGAUGCUGAACAUGGGAGGACCUGAGAAACUAGAAGACGUCCACGACUUCCUGCUGCGGCUCUUCAUGGACACGGACCUGAUGAAACUUCCUGUACAGAAUAAACUCGGCCCGUUCAUCGCAAAGCGACGCACGCCGAAAAUCCAAGAGCAGUACAGUAAGAUCGGAGGGGGCUCGCCCAUCAAACACUGGACCUCUAUGCAGGGAGAGGGCAUGGUGAAGCUGCUGGAUGAGAUAAGUCCUGAGACAGCUCCUCACAAGUUCUACAUCGGUUUCCGGUAUGUUCACCCACUGACGGAGGAAGCCAUCGAGGAGAUGGAGAAAGAUGGAGUGGAGAGAGCUGUGGCCUUCACACAGUACCCUCAGUACAGCUGCUCCACCACAGGCAGCAGUCUGAACGCCAUCUACCGUUACUACAGCAACAGAGUCGACAGGCCAAAAAUGCGUUGGAGUGUGAUCGACCGUUGGCCCACACACCCUCUGCUGGUGGAGUGUUUUGCACAACACGUCAGUAACGAGCUGCUGAAGUUUCCAGAAGACAAGAGAGACGACGUUGUCAUUCUGUUCUCUGCACACUCGCUCCCUAUGGCCGUUGUAAACAGAGGCGACCCGUAUCCUCAGGAAGUGGGAGCCACAGUUCAGAGAGUCAUGGAGAGAAUGGGACACUGUAACCCUUAUAGAUUAGUGUGGCAGUCCAGGGUGGGGCCCAUGCAGUGGCUCGGCCCCCAGACGGACGACGUGAUCAAAGGCCUGUGUGAGCGAGGGAAGAAAAACAUCCUGCUGGUGCCCAUUGCCUUCACCUCCGACCACAUAGAGACGUUACACGAGCUGGACAUAGAGUAUGGACAGGUGCUGGGAGAGGAGUGUGGCGUGGAGAACAUCAAGAGAGCAGAGUCGUUAAACGGGAACCCUCUUUUUAUGAAGGCUCUGGCAGACCUGGUCCAGUCCCACCUGAAAUCCAACAAGCCCUGUUCCCGCCAGCUGACCCUGCGCUGCCCACUGUGCACCAACCCCAUCUGUGGAGAAACCAAGGCCUUCUUCGCCAACCAGACGCUCUCAUAGGAACACACACACACACACACACACACACACACACACACACACACACACACACACACACACACUGGUGCCCUUCCUGAAGCAAUGCUACCUGUGAAGAAACUUAAGGCCUUCUUUGUAAACAGAAGACUCAUACAAACACACAUAGACAUAAAUGCACACCGUUUCUCCAGCAAGAGUGUCAGUUACAUAGAAAAAAAAACAAAAACAGCACAAUUCGAAGUUUGUUUUAUUGUUCCAACAUGUCGGACGGGAGGCGUCUAACCGGAGCAAGUACUUUACUCUAUAGUUAUAAAUUAGUUCAGCACAGAAAAUGUGUGAAACUCGAUCACAAAAGAGCAUUUUGUCUACCAUAUUUAAAUAAUCAGCGGAAUUUGCCAUAUUAGGCUUUAAAUGCACAAUAUAAAAUACAUUUUGGUUUUUGGUCUUUUCAUGGGAAUUGACAUAAAAGCAGAAUUAUUUCAAAUGUGUCAGUCAGCUCCAAAAUUUAACAGAUUGAGAAUAUUGAACCGCAAUUUAAUUUAAGGGAUGUCAAAACAAACUGUACUAUUUUAAAAAUGCGACUAGUAGAGCCGGACCGAUAUAUUGGGUUCUAUUGAGUAUAUGUUGUCCCAUAUGCGACGAUAUUAAAACCUUUUUACAGAACAUAUAAUGCAGUAAACCAUGCUCGGGGGCAAUUUCGAAAUAGUGUUCUUUAUUUAUUUUUAUUUAUUUGUUUUCUAUCUUCUCAGUCAUCAUAUCUAGAAUAGGUUGACAGUGUAAUACAUUGUAUGUAUAAUGUAUAAUAAUGUCUAAUAUUCUUUAAUUAAGCUAAUGUUAAGAAAGCAGUCUUCUGACUACCAUUGCAGUCAUAUCGGUGCAAAGUCGGUGCAAAAUCCUCAUAGAAAUGUUAACUUCCAUUCAAGCUCAAAAAAUCACUGUAUUGUCUACAAUUUCUGUUAAUUUUUCCCAUCUAAGAUCCGUAUUGGCCUCGUUAUUCUAAUAUCGGUCGGGCUCUAGUAAAAAGUCUCAGAACAAUACAAAAUGCUGAUCAAAUUUAAAGUGAACCCGAAUGCACUAAUAUCUGCCUUAACACACAACUGACAUUACCUGAGUUUUAUUGUUUAAGUAAUACCUCCCAGCCGACACACACACAUUAAAACAAACACACUUUGCUAAAACACAUGCAGAUGAAAAAAACUGACACUCUGCAGAAACUGCUCACAUCACAUUAAAGCUACCGGAGCUACGAGCCUUUGCACUAGUUUCUUUAUUUUUGUUUUUUAUUGCAGCUCCAUUGGUUACAUUCCAUUUGCUUAGCCCCUGCAGACCCCCAUCAGAGACCCUGUUUCUCUUCUUGCUGGUGCUAAAUUAAUAACCGUCGGCCACAACGACGACACCAAACACAAGGGAUCUGGUUGGUUGGUUGUUUCUCUCCCCCGCCUCCUCACCUGUCACUUCAUGUCAUUUAGACCCCGCCCAUUCUGCUGCAAUCCUUGCAAUGUGAUUGGAGGAGGUUGGUGUUGCUCAAAAUGCUGCUGCCUGAUAGGUGCAUACCACUGAGCGUAAUAGAAAAAAAAAAAACAAGCUACUGGAGAAUGUUAGAGGCUGAUUUAGGGAUUCAUAACUUCUGAAAAGGAACGUUUAAAUUAAAAAAAGUAUCUACCCCUUAUUCUUAAUCAUGCAUCUGUUCUAUGCUGGUGCUGUACAGAGCUGGCAAACAGCUUAGAAAGAAUGUUAUUUCUGGGUGUCAUGACAUGAUGUUUCGGAUGUUUUGAGAUGGUUUACGAGCUAGGGGAAAUAUGUUGUUAUUAUACAAACUCAUAUUUUUAUACUUUUUUUUUUUUUUUUGUCUGCUGAAAUAUUGAGCAUACUGAGCCUCUUGGCCCUCGCUGGUAACAAAUCAAAAACUGAAAAGGGAAAAAUGACCUGUUCACCACUCAGGUCUCACACAAAUUCUUCAUUUUAACAGAUUAAAAGAUGCAUAAUAGGGAGUGCAGGUUCCUGUUUAAGUUCAUACAGUAAUGUAUUGCAGCUUCAGGUGAGGAAAGCUGCCAGCAAGUAAUGAUAUCCAUCAGGAUAUUAAAGUGCUCAGUAGUUUUUUCCCAAAACAAUGAUAGUGGUACCUAACUCAGCUACGCUCCUGGAAACAAAGCUUUGUAUCAAUGUUGUUCGGCCAUAUUUUAUGGCAUUCACUAAUCAGUAGGAAAUAAGUGUUUCUGUUAACAAAUGCUGCUGGAAACACCCACAUAGAGGCUCAAGCUCUCCAUGCUGUUUCCAUAAAUAUGUGAAAAUAUUGAGGCUGUGUAUUUGGAAUUCCUUCAUGAUGAAAUUUGAUGCAAGUGAGCGCUCUCACUUUCCCGUCAGUCAUCACUGACAUAGAUUAUUUAUUUUUAGGUCGCAGAUCGUUAAAGGAGCUGUGUGUAGGAUUUAGAGGGCUCUAUUUGCAGACAUUGAAUAUAAUAUUAAUAGCUAUGUUUUCAUCCGUGCGUUAUCACCUGAAACUAAGAAUCUUGUUUUCCUUAGCUUAGACUGAGUCCAUCAUAUAUAUACAGGGAACAGUUCCUCUUCCACGGAGUCCCACAUGGUAGAUGGCUAGAUGGUAGCCCAAAAUUGGCAAAACCCUUAUGAGAUUUUCUGCGCGAUGACCUUACUGACCCUAACCAUUUAAGGUCUGACAACCAUCUUUGUGAGAGUUGCACAGGAGUUUCCCAAAUAUAGGUUUACCAAUUAGAGUUGGGCUGGUGUAAAAAUGUAAAACCAAACACCAGACAAAUCUGAUAUACCACAUUUUACCACUGGCUGUUGCACUUGACUCAGCAGCUGCUCCAAAGUGGAACAUAAUGAGACUGAGAGAGGCAAUAAAUGUAGCACCUCCAGUCCACUUGGUGGCAGUCUUGCACCUCUAAGCUUGUUUGCCAAUUACCAAUAAAAAUAAGCAGAAACUGAGUCCAUGUCUUUUAACGUAAUACCAGAGAACGUAUUUAAUUGAUCGGGGAUGCUGUAAUAAGAAUGAGAAAUGCUAAAAUGGGCCUAAAAUGGACUUUGGUGACAGUUAAUAGACCUCUUCAGCCAAGCCAACCCAAGUAUAAUCCAGUUGGAUUCGGCUUGUACACCACUUUGUCAAACUGGAAAUCAACCCAACUCUAUUUCCAUCUAGAGGCUACCGGCCAUGUUGCACUCCAGUGUUUCUACAGUAGCCCAGAAAGGACAAACCAAAUACUACCUCUAGAGGGGGCCUUUGGCGUUAAACAUCACCUGAAGGCCACUGUAGGUUCUACUAAAUGCUUGGAAAGGGAGGGGCUAGAGGGGUAUUCAGCUGAUUGCAAUCUGCAAAUUCACCGCUAGAUGCCACAAAAUCCUACACACCAUGUGCAUUGAUUAUUACCUGACAGUACAGAGAUACAUGUUUUAUUUCCCCUGCCAGAUACCCCUGUAAUGUAGAUCCCUCUUUCAAUCAAUUUCACUAAGUUAGUGAAAGUCAUUUUGAGGGCCUGAGCUCAUUCUGUGCAGAUACUACUGUUCAUUACCAAUACUGAUCUAAAACUUUGAUUCAUCAAUAUAUGAAGUAAUUGUCUGAUUUUGUGUAUUUAGUAACGGAACAGAAGAAUCCUCUGCUAAUUACUGCGAGUGCAGCAUUUAGGCCGAACAGUUUCAGUCUGAGGCAUGAGACAAAAUGUUUUUGCAUUUAAUUCAUAGAAUAUCAAAUCCUUGUAGUUGCGACAAGAGCUGCAAAUGAAGUCACUUUUGAGGGACUGCAGGAAAAGAAGAAAGGCAUAAAGCUACAUUGAUGCAGUAGGUAAAAACGCUGUAUAGACAUGUGGCACGGAUGAGCAUAUAGGAUUUGAAUCCAGUUUUAAUGUAGAUUGACUUUGAUUUCAGUCUGCCUAAACCUCAAUGCAGUUGUUUUUCCAUCCACUCACACCUACCUGAUCACAGUGCAGUAACUUAAUGUGAAAAAUUUAGUCAAACUAGUCAAUAGGUUGAAUAAAUUAAAUUAUUUAGUUUUGCCAGGUUGUCAGGUUCUACAGCUUCAGAAAAAUGUCUUGAAGUUUAUACUUUUUAUGGGUAGUAACUUGACCUCUGACCCUGUUCCCCAUCUACUGUUUUGCCCUGUUAUGCCAUGAUAAUGUGCCUUUUACACUGGCUAACUAGAAAUACUGGACUUGUGCUUUAUGUUUAAUUUUUACAUGUGCUUAACCAAAUGCUGACUGGAAAAACCCACCCUGAAAUCUGAUCUGACGUGUUCCUGCUGUGGUUUUGGCCAUUGAUAGCUCUCACAAGAAAAGACCAUAAAUUAAGUUUUAUUUUCCAAAAAUGCUGCAAACAAACUCUGAACUGUAGAAGUUUUUCUCCAAUUAAUACUCAACAUACAGUCAUGGAAAAAAAUAUUAGAUAUGGUAUAUAUUGGUAUUGUAGAUAUAUUGUUUUCUUCAAUUUCUUGUUCAUUUUAAUGCCUGGUACGACUAAUGGUACAAAAUACAAAUAUAAUGAUAACAACCGAAAAUAGCUCUCAAGAUUUUAAUUUAAGAGCUGAUAUCUAGACAUUUUCCAUGGUUUUCUUGAUAAUUAUUUUGGUUAUUUUCAAGAAAACCCUGGGAAAUGUCUCGAUAUCGGCUCUUAAAAUUUAACUCUUGUGAGCUAUUUUUGUUGUUAUCAUCAUAUUUAUCCAAACAAAUGUUCCUUUAGUUGUACCAGGCAUUAAAAUUAACAAGAAAUUGAAGAAAAAGGUGGUCUAAUAAUUGUUUCCAUGACUGUAGCUGCUUCAAGACAUUUAAGGCCCAUAGUGUUUAACUUUGGAGAGACAUUUCAAAAAUGUAUGUUUUUGGAAGAGGUUGCCAUUGAUUACCAACUACAAGUCACCAUGUUGAAGGAGAGACAUAAAAAUUCAGAAAAAACUCAUAUGUAGCUUUAUAAUCAACUGAGUCGCUCUUGAACAUGGCAACACGUUUUAACCACUGGUAACCGCCAACACUGCUCGCAUGACUUAGACAGUUUUAGUUUGUACAUUUUUCUGCUUCCACCAUGUUAUUCAUAUGCAUGUUGCAACACAUAAUCACAUUCAAUACAAUACAACAGCAAGACUUUGUACUUUCAGUGCUCUUCCACAGGUUUGAAAGGGAUGGUUUUGUUUUUGAGGAAUACUUGACCCGGAGUUUUAUGUCUCUGGUUUGUUGAAUUGUGACGUUUGCCAUUGACAUCCACUAAUUAAAAGCUAUACAGAGUAUCUCUUCUUUCUAGGGUCAAGGUUAUUAUAGUUAACGGAAACUAACGAAAAAUAGAACUGAAAAAACAUUUUCAUGAACUGAAAUAGAAAUAAAAACAAGAGUUUAAAAAAAAAACGAUAACUAACUUAAACUGUAUUUUGUGGUUACAAAACUAACUAAAAUUAUAGAGAAAAUGUCCUUCGUUUUUAUCUUUGUCAACUUUUUUCAUACUUAAACCUUUUUGGUUGAGAUCAAAUCUAUUUCAUCUAUCUGGUUUAAUGACUUAAUAAACUUAUUGGGGCUUAGAUGGAUCAGACAAAGGAAAUAAAGGCAACAUUUAUUGUGACAAUAAAUACCACAUUACAAAAAACUAAAACUAAACAAAAACUAAGCAUUUUCCCCCCCAAAAAAAACCCAAUUAAAAAUAGCAAACACACUCUAAUAACUAAAUAAAACUAAGUGAAUUUGAAAACAAAAAAUCUAUGAAAUUAAAACUAAAACUAAUGAAAAAUCCAGAACUAUUAUAACCUUGUCUAGGGUAAGUCAACAGUCAAAUUCCUCUGAAAACCAAACUGUCACUUAAUACAACUAUCACUUGUAAAAUGUAUAUUACUAUAGUGAAUUUAUAUUGCUUUAUUUAUGUUAA